UCAGCUGAGUCUUUAACUGGUUUCCUUUCAGCUGCCUCCCAAACAAACAUUUCUGUAGUUCAUCAUGUAGUCACUUGGGCCAGACACACAGGAAAGCUGGCUGGAUUCUUCUUUUCCAGACUUGAGAGGUGCGACAGUUGUUGUUCAGAGCCAAACCAGCAGGGUUUUCUCUGAAGCAGCAGUCAUGUCUGCGGAUAUUUUGCAGCGACUUACCACAUUGACUCUGAAUGUUAAGCAUCUCAGCUGGCUGCCUCGCCUCAGGGACCUCGUUGCUUCCUCCCUGCCCCUGCCCCGUCCUACCGUCACCUCCUCCCAGGUGCCUCCGUUGUUCAGAGAACCCUACAUCCUGUCGGGCUACCGUCCCAUCCAGCAAGACUGGGGCUGCUAUUUCCUCAGCCUCUUUCAGCGACACAAUGAAUCCCUGAAUGUGUGGACCCACCUGCUGGCAGCUCCGGUUCUGCUGCUUCGCUGGUGGGCCAAUGCAGGUGCCCUGGGGUACACCUUGGACGCAGCCUCUCUACCUCUCAGCCUCUUCAUGGUGUCUGCACUCACAUACCUCAUUCUGAGCGUGACUGCCCAUCUCCUGCAGUCUCACUCUGAACGUGCACACUACUUCUUCUUCUUCUUGGAUUACGUGGGCGUAGCUGUGUAUCAGUAUGGGUGCUCACUCGGCCAUUAUUUCUACACGUCUGAGCCGUCAUGGAGGGAAAGCAUCGGGCUGUUCUUUUUGCCUGGAGCUGCUUUUUUCGGGUGGCUCUCCUGCGUCGGAUGUUGUUUUGCUAAGGUCAUGUACAGACGGCCAUAUCCGCUGCAGCGUAAAAUUUGCCAGCUGAUCCCGACCAGCCUGGCAUACCUGCUGGAUAUCAGCCCUGUAGCCCACCGCCUGGUCACUGUCUCCUGGACGCAGGAUGCUUCCCUCUUCUUCCACGCUCUGCAGAUAGCCUUUUUCUUGGUUGCAGCCUUCUUCUUCUCCUGCCCCGUCCCUGAGCGCUUUUUUCCAGGUUGUUGUGACUUCAUGGGGCAGGGCCACCAGGUCUUCCACCUGUUCCUGUCCUUGUGCACCAUGUUCCAGCUGGAGGCCCUGUUCCAGGACUAUGCCCGGGGCCGUGAUACAGUGGUGGAGUUAUUCGGGCGGAGGCAGCUAUGGUGGGCCUGUGUGUCCUUUCCUGUGCUGUUUACAUGUUGCAUCCUGACUGUACUUGUCACAAUGAGACACAUGGACAAGAAACUUAAGAGUAAACAGGAGAAAAACUAUUAACAGCUGUCUGUGUGCAAAAGUGGUGCUGAUUUUAAAUUCAUUGUAAUAUAAGUAAUCAAAUGUAAAUUUUAUGUAUUAAACUGCUUUUAUUUCAGUUAAAACUUCUUUUGUUAGUUGAACAAUGAAUCCUUUUUAACAGAUUUUGGUUGGGAACAAAUCAUCAGAUAAUCUGUAAAUCCUGCAUGUUUAAUCAAAUAAAGCCUCCUGUUGGA